GGGGAUUAAACAAUCAGAAAAUUGCAUUUGCAAGAGCUUGUCUAACCGCAAGGCUUAUGAACAGGACUCUUUUGAUGCCUAGCUUGAGUGCUUCCUUGUUCUACAAAGAAGUUGAGCUCUUGAGGCCCAUUUCGUUUGAUCAUUGGCCUGUGAAGGACCAUUCAGAGGUGUUUGAGUGCUUGGUUCUGGCUGAUGAGAUCAUGAGAGAAGCCGAUAGAGUUAUGUCAAGGAUUAGAGAGAUAGGAGCAGAACAAGUGAGAAGCAAAAGAGAGUCUGCGGAGAACUCUUUGUUGCUCAAGUCAGUGCCUUAUGUAGCUGUUCAUAUGAGGAUAGAGUUAGAUUGGAUGAUACACUGUAAGAAUCUCGAGCGUAGAUUGAACAUAACCGAUAUUUGUAGCAGAAAGGGGGAGAUCAUGGAGAGAGUCGGCAACAUUGUUGGCCUCAAGACUCCAGCUGUUGUUUAUUUAGCUGUGGCUGAUAGUCUUCUUCAAGAUCCAUCAAUUUUGAAUGGAUGGCGGGAAAGAAUGAUUCCUUUUGAGAAGAAGAAACUGGGUUUUGAUGCACGUUACAAGAAGUUCCCCUAUCUCAUUCAGUCUGCGAUUGACUAUUAAGUGUGCUAAUUGAGAGCCGAUGUGUUUGUUGGAAACAGUUUCUCUACAUUUUCUAGCCUCAUUGCUCUUGACAGAACCCAGUAGCCGAUCAAAAUGGGUGUCAAGAGCUCAUGUGGUGUAGAUGUGAGGUGGCCUACUUAUGCAUACAACAUAUUAGGGGGAUCAAAAGGGCCUCAAAAAUGGAUGACAAACAUGUCUGGCUCAAGUCUUAAAGAAAUUAGCUAUGGCUCUAACCAAAUUUCAUGUUGAUGGUUUUGAGGCUCCACCAGUUUUUGUGUUCUAAAUCAUUCCAUCCCUCCGGCGCAGAUUUGUUGGUAUAGUUUCACAGAAUUUUUGGUUGAUAGAGAUAAUUAAUAGCAGAGAAUGUCGAAAAUAGCAAUUAUUUACCAAAUUUAUCACAGUACGUUUUCAUUCAUGUGACUUUGAAUCUUUCGAAAUUCAUUU